AUGGCGUUCGCGGGCCAAACACCCACAAUCAUCGUUUUGAAGGAGGGAACGGAUGCCUCGCAGGGCAAGGGACAGAUUCUCUCGAAUAUCAACGCCUGUGUUGCGGUACAGAACACUAUCAAGAGCACGCUAGGCCCCUAUGGCGGGGACCUAUUACUGGUAGACACCAACGGCAAGCAGACAAUCACAAACGAUGGAGCAACGGUAAUGAAGCUGCUCGAUAUUGUCCACCCCGCAGCCCGCAUCCUGACCGACAUUGCACGAUCCCAGGACGCAGAAGUAGGCGAUGGGACGACCUCCGUGGUUGUGCUAGCAGGUGAAAUCCUACGAGAAGUGCGUGACCUAGUGGAGCAGGAUGUAAGUGCUCAGACGAUUAUAAAGGGAUUGAGGAAGGCGAGUGCCAUGUGCAUCAACCGGAUCAAGGAGAUUGCAAUUGAUAUGAAGGACGCUGCUGGCGGAGAGGCGAAGAAGAUUGAGACUUUGCGGCGACUGGCGGGCACAGCGAUGAACAGCAAGCUGAUCAAGCGGAAUUCGGACUUUUUCACAAAGAUGGUUGUGGAUGCCGUCCUGUCGCUGGACCAGGACGACCUGAACGAGAAGCUGAUUGGGGUCAAGAAGAUUACCGGAGGAGCGCUGCAGGACUCGCAGUUCAUCAACGGCGUUGCGUUCAAGAAGACGUUCUCUUAUGCUGGGUUUGAGCAGCAGCCCAAGUCGUUCAAGAACCCAAAGAUUGUUUGCUUGAAUGUUGAGCUGGAGCUGAAGAGCGAGAAGGACAAUGCAGAGGUCAGGGUCGAACAGGUAUCGGAGUACCAGGCCAUCGUCGACGCGGAGUGGCAGAUCAUCUUCAACAAGCUCGAGGCUCUCUACAAGACCGGAGCCAAGGUUGUCCUUAGCAAGCUCCCUAUCGGUGACCUUGCAACACAGUAUGUCUUUUUUUCAUUUACUUUUUUUAACCCUAACCCUCUCUCUGUCCUGAUGAACGGCCCCGGUAUUAACGAAGUUAGAUACUUUGCGGACAGAGACAUAUUCUGUGCCGGGCGAGUGUCAUCCGACGACAUGGAGCGAGUGAACAAGGCCACCGGUGCCUCGACACAGUCUACCUGCAGCGACAUCCAGGAGCACCACCUGGGCGAGUGUGGUAGUUUCGAGGAGCGCCAGAUCGGUGGCGAGCGCUUCAACAUCUUCUCCGAGUGCCCUGGAGCCAAAACAUGCACUCUGAUCCUGCGCGGUGGAGCAGAGCAGUUCAUUGCCGAAGCCGAACGCAGUCUGCACGACGCCAUCAUGAUCGUCAAGCGGGCGCUACGGAACACCAACGUCGUGGCCGGCGGCGGUGCAACCGAGAUGGACCUGUCCGGCUACAUCCACCGGUAUGCCGACGUGAACGUCCCGCACAAGCAGCAGGCCGUCGUCAAGGCGUUUGCAAAGGCCCUGGAGGUGAUCCCCCGACAGCUGUGCGACAACGCCGGCUUCGAUGCCACGGACAUUCUCAACCAACUGAGAGUCGAGCACAAGAAGGGCAACGUCUGGGCCGGCGUCGACUUUGACCGCGAGGGCGUGCGAGACAACAUGAAGGCCUUUGUCUGGGAGCCGAGUCUGGUCAAGGUCAAUGCCAUCCAGUCGGCCGUCGAGGCUGCCUGUCUCAUUCUCUCUGUCGACGAAACCAUCAGUACGUCUUUCCCCUCCCCCCCCCCUCCUCCUCUUUCUUCCCCCCUGUCUACAUCUAUAUGCUAUGUCUUACUCUACUGA